CCAAAGAACGUGCUCGAGCACUCGUUCUCUGUCACUCAGUGAUUCGAAAGCCGUCCGAGUUAACAAUUACCGAAUUGUAGAAUUAGAAAACUUUCAGCAUCAGACAGCAGUAAAUAUGAGCUCCGUGAUUGAUUAGUACAUAUGAGAAUUGCAGCGAAUCUAAUGGGGGCAGAGAAUAGCUCGAUUUCUAGCUCUCAGAGUGAGAAUACGGAGACCCAGCUGGUGUUGAAUGUUUACGAUCUCACUCCUAUCAACAAUUACACCUAUUGGUUCGGUUUUGGGAUUUUUCAUUCAGGCAUUGAAGUACAGGGUAAAGAGUAUGGAUUUGGAGCCCAUGAGUUACCAGUCAGUGGAGUUUUUGAAGUGGAGCCCAGAAGCUGUCCUGGUUUCAUUUAUAGAUGUUCCAUCCCACUGGGCCGCAUUAAUAUGUCUGCCUCUGAAUUUCGGACAUUCAUAGAAACUGUGGCUUCUGAAUAUCACGGAGACACCUAUCACCUCAUCUCUAAGAAUUGCAACCAUUUUACAGAUGACAUCUCACACAGGUUGGUAGGCAAGCGGAUACCAGGGUGGGUAAAUCGACUUGCCCGGCUAGGUGCUUUAUGUAGUUGUCUGCUUCCAGAUACCCUUCAAGUAACUACCGUUAAACAGCUGCCGGAAUACCAUGAGUGCAUUGAAGAUGGAAGUGAAUCCUUGGCAACCACUACACCCCGCGACUCAACAGAGAUCGAUGAUGCAGAUCAAGAGAAGCAUUUGCUGCCUCCAACUGCUGUAGGUGGGGAAGUGGCUUUUGUGAAAGAGGCCCACAAAUGAAGCUAAGCUGCUUUACUAAGAAAGGGUCAAAAAGAUAGCUUGGAACAACAUUGUGAUAUUCUUUGUUGAGUGUUAUGGCUUGGAACUUGGAAGGGAUGCGUAAACUUGCUUCUCACUCUUGGAACGCUCAAAGUUGGCAUCAUCAUUUGCUUGUGUGCAUGAAUGGCUGUUCAUCCGAUCGGCAUAUUUAUUUUGCUGUGAUUUUUUCUCUAUUCCUUUUCCUACUUGUUUGUGUCACUUGUUGCAACUGAAACAUCUGGAAUUACAUAGUAGUUUGCUAUGAUUGUUGGCGAUGUGAUGCCAGACGUUCAAUAUGAUCAUUUUUUUACAAGUGGAAAUGAAAUCUUGAGUUGUUGAGCUUGUCAAA